GGAUGUCCCUUGUUCAUGCUUAAGAUAAAGACAGUUGAUUAGUUUCCCAGCGCUUCCACUGAAGCAACAGAAGUUCAAGCAAAAGAGGCAGCGGAUAAGCAGUUUUGAAGUGAAAUAUUUCCUCUAGCCAGUUGCUCCAAUAUAUCUGUGGAUUCUUUCUCCGUAACAAAUAGUCUGGAAUCGCGCCCCUGAAAAUAAAUAAAUAGAGCGACCAUGAUAAUCAACAUUCGAGAAAAGAGCGGCAAGACAACGGCCGUCAAAGCAUCUCCAUCAGACACGGUCCAGGAUCUGAGGAUUAAGUUCAUGCAAAAGGGAAUAUCUCUUAAAUUGAAGGAUAUCAUGUACUUCGACGAACAGUUAAACAAAACCAAAAAGCUCUCCGACUAUGGGAUAAAACACAACGACACCUUGUAUUUGAGAGAAAGACUUCGGGCUCUCGGUUCUUCGGGGUUUCUACUCUCCAUCGCACAGCCCUCGGGAGACGUAAUGAAGAUGGUGGUUAAUAAUUACGACUGCGUCAUCGACAUCAAACAAGAGGUGGAGCGCGAGGGGGGCCUGGGCGUCGGCAGCCAGUUACUGAAGGUGGGGGGCGUCGAGAUGCAGAACGAGAAGAUGCUGAAGGAUUACGGCAUUACGGGAGAUGCUGUCAUCUGGUUGGAGGAUGCAGACGAAAACAAAAGGAAAUCAAAGGAGGAGCGAAAAAGAAGAAGAGUUCGAAACGAGAAACUGAAGAAGAGAUUAGCUGCUGUUGCUUUUGUGAUUAUUUUUAUCAUCAUAUUGAUAUGGGCUUACCUAGAAGGUAAAAUUCAAAUAAACCUCUGAGUUCAGCUUGUAGGUAUAUUAGCUCAGCUCAGCAUGUUAUUAGCACGGGAAGUAAUGUUUCUAGAUUCAGUAUUUCAUGACAUUUUCAUGAUCUCAGAUCUAAGUUUCAUACAUAUGUUGUAAUAUCGUAGUUUCCCCUGAAAUGUAGCUCUAUCAUAGACCCCCGAAAAUGAAUUUCUGGUUUACUUUUAUUUAUUUCUCAUACUAUGAAUACUUUUGAUAUGUGCACUUUGUAAAAUAUAUUAUUCUUUUAUACCUAACGGGCACAUGUUUGUUUAUUUGCAUAGUUAUGUUGACCAAAGUAUCCAGUCCUUAGUCCAUUGUAGAUAAGUACUCUAAGGCAAUUAACGUACGGUAGAAAUGAUGUUUGGCCAAAAGUCCUUAUCCUAGGCUUUAACUUAAGGGACUUGUACCACUGUCAAACCGAGAUAGACGGUUUAGCCACGUCUCUAUAACAACAAAGGCAUUAGUGAUAAACAAGACAACACAUAUGCAAAGAGCGAAACGGUUAAUCCUAUUAUAUGGUUAAAGGAUCUGAUUUAUGAAAAAAAUUUUGCAUGAUAUUAUCGCCGCUUUUAGUGUAGGUGAUAUCAGUUCACCAAAGACAGUAAUUACCAAUGCUCGAGAAUAAUUGAUAAUACAAAUAAAAGCCCAUUGUAA